UACAAAAUUUUCUCAUUUUCCUUUCCCUACAUUUUCUGACCAUAUCAAACAAAAUCCUCGCCGCUUCCGUUCUUUAAUCCUUCUCCCACCAAAUUCUAAUCUUUUUCGUUUCCGCUUUAACAAAUUUUCAAGGAACGGAGGGGCUGCUUAUAAUUCAUAAUGGUUCAGAUUAAAGAGUUUCGGAUUGUUAUGCCGUUAUCAUUGGAAGAGUUUCAAGUAGCUCAGAUGUACAUGGUUAUGAAAAUGCAGCAACAGAACACCAAUUCGACGGAAGGGGUGGAGGUGCUGGAGAACAAGCCUUUCGAAGACGACGAAAUUGGAAAAGGCCAAUACACUUUGAAAAUUUAUAGGCUGCAAAGCAAAGCUCCUACUUGGCUAUCUAAAUUUGCCCCGGCCGAUGCUCUUGUGAUGCAAGAGGAAGCUUGGAAUGCAUAUCCAAGGUGUAAAUCAGUAAUCAAGUGCUUGUAUUUCACAAGGUUUAUUCUUACUAUAGAAACCAUUCACGCAGCUGACUGCGGUCUAUCUGAAAAUAUGCAUGGCCUCACUAAAGAGCAAUUGGCAGCUAGGCAGGUGGAGACUCUUGACAUAGCUUCAGAUUCCAGAGAUUAUUGGAGCUAUAUAAUUGGGGCUAGCAAUUUCGAUUUUUCUCAGUUUCAAUCAGCUCGAACUGGCCGUGGUCCAUUAUUAGAUCGAUGGCAGGAGCAAUGUGAUCCAGUUAUGACAGCUUACAAGUUGGUUACGAUAGAUGUCCCGUACUGGGGCUUCGGCAGUAAACUUGAACAAGCUUUGCUUGCGGGGGAAAAGGCACUCUUUCUUGAAAGUCAUAGAAAUUGCUUCGGUUGGAUCGAUGAGUGGUUUGGGAUGAAUGUGGAUAUGAUGCGUGAGCUCGAGAAACAAAGUGAUUCUUCAUUGAACGAGAAAUUAGGUAGGCCUGGUCUAGUUGAAAACGGGAUGGAAUCAGAUGGUAGACUAGAAGGUGCUGGUGCUAAGGAUCUCGUAAGAGUUCCUGAAUCCUAGAUAUCAUGCUUCUGAUCUUGCUCAGUUACGUUAGUUCUCGUCUCGUGAAGACAUCGGGGCGUGUUCGACUGUAGAAGACUCUAGGCAUAGAUCAACACGUGUGAAAAGGUCAAAUUCCUUCUACCUCUUAUUUUUGGUUAGAAGCUGGAACACAAAUUUAGACAUCUGAUAACAAAAGCUGCUGCUGCUUUGAUGCAUUUAGAUUAUUUGAAUCGUAUCCUAGUUGUAAUUUAUUCUUUUGUUCACAUUGUUAAUAAGUAUAGUAAUGUUAUCUCGUGUAAAUAAUUGAUUUAGACUAUCA